UCUUUAUAAUAGACCUGUAUUCCCUCUCUGCUCUGGUCCUCUCCUCAUACUCUCUAUACUCAUCUUGACACUAGAUCUCAACUACGCUUAUACUUAUAUACACUUACACUACAUACACUUAUACACAUAUACUUACAUCACUUACACUACAUACACAUACAUACACACAUCAUGGACCAAAUCAACACAGCCCAAACGGCUCCAACAGAAACAAAAAAGAGCCGUCGAGAAUCAGUACCAGAUAUGUUUGACACACGAACCGGCGAAGUCGCCGAGAUCAACGACAUGGAGAAGCAAAAGGCCGCUGAAGGCAACGCACACUUCCACCGUCUCGGCUGGAAGCGAUUGACAGUCGUCUUGAUCGUCGAGGCCAUUGCUCUCGGAUGUCUAUCUCUCCCUUCUGCCUUUGCCACUCUCGGCAUGGUCGCUGGUGUCAUUCUCACUGUCGGCCUUGGUUUCGUCGCCAUCUACACAUCGCACGUCGUUGGACAGGUCAAGCUUGCUUUCCCCGAGGUUUCUCAUUAUGCCGAUGCUGGUAGACUCAUGUUUGGCAAGUUUGGUUACGAGCUGGUUGGCGUCAUGUUUGCUCUUCAGCUCAUCUUCCUCGUCGGAUCUCACUGUCUCACUGGAACAAUCGCCUUCCUGAACCUCACCAACAAUGGAGCAUGCUCUGUCGUAUUUGGUGUCGUCUCUGCCAUCAUCCUCCUCAUCGUCGCUAUUCCUCCUUCAUUCGCAGAGGUUGCUAUCCUUGGUUACAUCGACUUCGUCUCCAUUUCUAUCGCUGUCGCCAUCACAAUCAUCGCAACCGGCAUCCAAGCCGGCGACUCAGUAGGCGGCAUGUCCUCUGUCGACUGGUCUGCUUGGCCCAAGGACAACCUCAGCUUCACCGACGCUUUCAUCGCCAUCACCAACAUCGUCUUCGCCUACUCCUUUGCUGUGUGCCAGUUCAGCUUCAUGGACGAGAUGCAUACUCCUCGUGACUACGUCAAGUCAAUCUGGGCUCUUGGUCUGAUUGAGAUUGGUAUCUAUACCCUUACUGGCGCUCUUAUUUAUGCCUUUGUCGGUUCAGAGGUCAAGUCGCCUGCUCUUCUGUCUGCUGGCUCUACCAUCUCCAAGAUCGCCUUUGGUGUCGCCCUUCCCGUCAUCUUCAUCUCUGGAUCUAUCAACACCACAGUUGUCGCUCGUUACAUCCACGGACGUAUGUUCAAGAACUCAAUCAUCCGCUACAUCAACACCAAGAUGGGUUGGAUCACUUGGUUGGUCCUUGUCACUGUCAUCACGGUUGUGGCUUUCAUCAUUGCCGAGGCCAUUCCCUUCUUCAAUGAUCUCUUGUCCAUUUCUUCGUCUCUGUUCAUUUCGGGCUUCACAUUUUACUUCCCCUCUAUUAUGUGGUUCAUGCUCAUCCGAAAGGGACCUUGGCACUCAAAGGAGAACCUCCUUCUUUCCAUUGCCAAUGGACUCAUUUUCAUCAUCGGCAUGAUUGUUCUCGUUGGUGGAACAUAUGCUUCCAUUGAUGAUAUUAUCCUCAAGUUCCGUCACGGCGAAGUCCGAGGUGUCUUUACUUGUGAACCAAUUGCUUAAGCGAAGUUAGCGAUAGUAUAAAUUAUGAAUAGUACAAUAUUAUGACUCAAAUGUUAUCGGACUGCGGAGUUGCCGGAAUUGGAUCGUCGUGUUGAUCAAAUUUUCCUGAAAGUCAGAUGCUACGUCACUUGAUCUGGAUUGUCAAUUCCUGCGACGGACC